ACAAACAAUAGUUUGGAAAUCAUUCACUUAUUUGCAGCGACCAGGACGCUGAGCAGACUGGGUUGUCGAUGUUCGGUCACCUUUUAAGGAUCGUCAGUGUGUGUAAGGCAAGCAGGUUUGCGCGUUAUUCGCUACUCCUAACCAUUAAGAUCAGUGUCAAUCAGUUUUUGGAUUUGGUGUGGCUUGGGUAAAUCAUCGGAAAAUGUCCGAGAUCGAGGAGUCUCAGAGCAGGACAGCCGGAAGUGACAGCGGAGCCGAGGUACGGCAUAACCCCUCGGUGAUCGACGGUGGUUGGGGUUGGCUGGUCGUCCUUGGAGGAUUCGCGACAUUCAUUCUGUGGAGUGGCCUCUUGAAAGGGUUGGGAGUGUUACUUUCUAGUGUGACGACAGACCUGACACAGAAUACAGGGCUGACUGGAGAAAUGAUCGCUAUUCUUGCAGGCAUUAGGAGCCUUGGAGGUCCCUUUGCUGGACCAAUAGGUGACAAGUUUGGUUACAGACUGGUUGUCAUGACAACGAGUUUCUCAGCCGCUCUUGGCAUCAUCUUUGCGGCCUUUACUCAUACCACAAUGCAGUUUCUGAUAUGUUUAGCCGUCAUAUCAGGAGUAAGUUUCUCUGCACCAACUAUCCUGACCAAGGCCAUGAUAGGCCGCUACUUUCAUCAUCGCUUUGCUCUGGCAAUAGGUCUAGCUAGUGCAGGUGAUUCACUGUCCAUGGUCCUCAUAGCGCCUAUGAUGCAGGUUUUGCUAGACACCUACGGAUGGAGGGGCGCUCUACUGAUCCAAGGUGGUCUGUGUCUGCACCUUAUUGCCGUAGGUGCGCUACUCAGAGACCCCCCAAUGUCAGAAGAAACUCAGUUGGGAUAUACAUCCAUCCCAAACGAGGAUAAGAUUGUGGAAUCCUCAGAACAAACAGAUCAAACUCCAGCAAGCUCCAAGUCCUUUCUGAAAACCUUCAACUUCUCCGUCUUGACCAAGUUGGUCUUCUGGGUGAUUUGUCUGGUUAUGACUGGGACAUAUUUGAUAUCUAUCUUGUGGUACCUGUACUUUGUUCCUCACGCGGAGGCAAAGGGCUUCACUCCAGGACAGGCGGUGACGUUUGUCGCGGUAGCUGGUGUGGGACAAAUCGUCACCAAGAUUGCCAUGGGUAAACUCAUCGACAAGGAGAUGAUAAGCAGCAGAGUAGGACUGGUACUUUGUAUCACUACUUGUUCACUGACUCUUGUCAUUGAUCCACUGCUCCAUACGUUCUGGCCCAUGAUGAUUGUGACAACUAUCUUCGGUAGCUCUUUCGGGAUGGUGUUUUGCUUGGUGGAUGUCUUUGCCAAGGAGAUAGCUGGAAAUGAUGGACUUGCUAGUGCCUUGGGCUUCAUUGAUUUGAUCGGUGGGAUAAGCAGAAUAUUCUUGGGAUUCGCACCCGGUUGGAUCUAUGAGAAGAGUGGAAGUUACGACACUGCAUUUGUGUUUAUCGGUGGGCUAUAUCUGACAACCCUCUUACCUCUCGUAACUGAAUGGAUCAUAGACAAACGGUAACAGUGUCCACAUCCUCAUCUGGGAUAUGUUGAUGAAUAAAAGUAAAUAACCACCAACUCCAAGAGGAAAAUAUGGCAUCGGAAAAAUUAUUUCAGUUGUUUCCGUCUUAUCUAGAAUGAUUAAGUGAUAGUAUUAACUAAACCUUUUGUAGCCGUAAAACAACGAUCCCGUAUAAGUUGUUGGAAAGGGACCACAAAAAUGGCAAACACUUGUGUUGGUGUUACUUAAUUGACUUUGAGGUUCACUGCCAUUUUAUUGUACAUUGUUUCACCCAAUCUAUACAAAACAAGUUGUUUUGGAAAGCGUAGUAAAUGACAACGUGCGCAAUGUAUGUCAAUUUCCAGUGUUUAAGGUAUGGUAAUUUUGGGGUAAAACGCGUUAUAUUUUUGUAGCUUUUUCCUUUUACUUGCAAGAAAUAUUAACUGGAGGAAAUAUUUUCAGCAAAGAAAAUUUUUUGAAUAAACUGGUGCCCCUCAAUCACAUGAACGGUGGCUAUCGUUUUGUCCAGAAAAUCACUCCAAUCGUAGUUAUUCGUUUGAGAGUCAAUGUUUGGCGUAUUUCUUUAUGGUAGAAUUUAACAUUCUGCAUACUCGCCGGUCUGCCUUCUUUGUUUCAAAUUUUAAUUAUCUUAUGCCACAAGAAAGCAUUGUUAAAAGAAAAACUAAUGGUUUCUGUGAUUAAGAUAACUAUUUAAGUACAAA